AUGUUGGUUUUCGAUGCGGAGCGUCAGGAACUGCCGUCUUUAGCAGACGACGACAUUGACCUCGAGGGGUUGGAGGAGGAGCUUGAAUGCAAUCCGAAUUUUAUCAUCUCCCACGCAGGUCUAACUUGCAGAUAUGGCCAUGACUCUCUUCAAGCUGGCACCAGUCAGUCGACUUGUGGUCUAAUCGCCCUGAAUUGCGCUCGGACAAUUUUCGGUCUCGCAAGGGGGUGGAGAGCGACAUCGGAGCAAGAGCUCGUCUUUGUAAGGUGUUUACUAUCUCCGGAGACGACGAAUGAGAUCCUCUCUGUAUGCAAUCAACUGCCACGUAAUGAUCAACUCGAUAUGGAUGAACUUUUAGAAGUCCCUAUGUUCUACGACGCGUUUUCCCGGGCUAUUCCCACUGCUGCCAGGUCGACGUAUAAAGGUUUUAUGACCUUGUUAGAGAGAAUGUGGGAUAUUGACCCUCGACGACCCAUCGUGGCGGCAGUUAUCUCGCAGUUGUCAGAAACUGUCGCUUGCCUGAGGAUAUUCAUUGCGUCGACUUACACAUACAUCAUCUUCGACCCACACUCACGACCAACGUACCCUCGUGGACCCGGAUUUGUCUUUAACAAGACAAGAGAAGCCACUGCCAGCUAUCUGGUGGACAUUUUUAUGGACACAUCGUCUGAUGGAGGCGCGCCAGACCUACAAACGUUUUCAGCAUACAUCUUGUUUGACAAUAUGGGAAUUGACGUGAAGACUUUUGAAGAGAGCCCUGUAUAUUCUUCACCCAAGUCAGAUGCCACGACGUCAGAAAGUACUCCGACAAAGUUGAUUUCUCUCGUCGACAAAUCUGACAAACCGCCGCUACCUUUCCUCGAGGUCAGUCACCAUUCCAGUCAAGCAACUGCAUCAUCAUCGAUCUCGCCUGGUACCUCCCCGCGGCGAAGUAAAAGCGAAUUUGGAUGGCAGCUAGCCUUGCAGUCGGGGCCGGCUUCUGUUUCUGUCGAGGAUAACACAAGCGGGACGCUGGAUCCUAUAGAUGAGAUCACCUCUCUUCCUAAGCCACUGCGACCCAACGAGGAACCUCCGAACGGGGCUCAACAGACCGUAUUGCCACCAACCAAAGUGAAAAGGUACGCCAAGAAAGAUAUCGGGUGGCAGUUAUCGCUACAGCGGUUGGAGGCGGAAAACGAUGUCCGCAUCGCCGACCUGCAGCAGGAGUGGUCGAAACCUAAAUUAAUUGAACAACGGUCGACGGAGACAAUAAGAGCUGGACCUUCCCGCCGCCGUCCAGCUCGUGAAGACAUCAGUUGGAAGUUGGCCCUCGCUGCCACUUCGAUGACUUUUCCUGCAUCUUGGCUGCUCGACGACGACGCUCAAACGGCUCGCGAUGAAUGGGAGGAGUUUCCCCUGGAGGCUACGACGCCUGUGUUGCCGUCAACCUCAGAAUGCGGCGUCUGUCUCGAGGUUUAUGACAAAAGCGAGGUUGCAAGAAUGCCUGACUGUGCACAUACAUUUUGCCGAAAUUGUCUGAAGUAUCACGUUGAAUCCAUGAUAAGGGAACGUCGGUUUCCAAUUUUAUGCCCCACCUGCGUGUUAGACAGAACGAGAACCGACCCUGGGAGUGUUGAUCAGAAACUUGUCAAAGAGCUCGAUGUUACACAACAAAAUGUUGACAGGUUUGACGCGCUCCAGCUAUCGGCACAUUCCGUCGAGCUACAUUGCCCAAGGUGCAAGGAAACAAUGAAUGUUGAUCGCCAGGAGUAUCUUGAUUCUAAGAUUCUCGUUUGUCCAUUGCCGCUUUGCGGUCACAAGUGGUGUAAAGCGUGUCAGAAAAUGAUACCUUCGUCUCUGCCAGAGGACAAACACGUAUGCAAAGCAGACAAACUGGAUCGAUUGAUGCGUAAGAAAGGCUGGCGCUAUUGCCCUGGGUGCACAUCAAUCAUACAGAAAGAAUCUGGGUGUAAUCAUAUGACAUGCACGUCCCCAGGCUGCAAUAUGCAUUUUUGCUACAAGUGCGGGGAAGCCAUUAUCGACGCUGGAACUGGACGAAACGUUGGUGAAGCGGUUGCAGCCCAUUAUCGGACUUGUACCCAGUUUGAGCCCAAGUACAAGUGUACUAUCCAACAUCUGGGCUACGACCGCAAAGAACUCUUUCAGUCAAUAAUGAGAUCAAAAUCUAUUUCGGCGCUAAAGCGCCUCACCCCUUUUUCGUCAAUGCUUUGGUAUGGCACCGAUGCCCUCGAUGCAUCCGAACUGCUGGGCUACUUUCAUUACGCUAAGCAACAAGUCGUGAUGUACGAGGGCCAAGAAUGCAGAUAUCGCAGUGGGUCUUCAGAGGCAGGAAGUAGCCAAGUUAUAUGCGGGUUGAUUGGUUUGAACUGUGUUCGGAGGGUCUUUGAGCUUGAGGAGCAGCUUGCUUCGGAGGAUCUUGAAGAUAAAGACGAGAACUUCUUGCAGGAGCUGAUUUCUCCCGAAACGAUCCAAAGGGUCACCUCUAUUGACGAUACCUUGAAGGCGUACUCCAACCUUAGUGUUGAGGACCUCUUAGAGCGACCUCAGUUUCAGAACGCGUUCACCCAAGCUGCAGUGUCCCAUGAGCAUCUAUCUUACGAAGGAUUCAUCGCUUUGUUCGAAGCAUUUGGAACAAUAGAACAAACAGAUCGACCUGUGGCUGCAGUGAUUACACGUCUUCGCGAUAUUAUUGUCUGCAUCAGGCUUUACCUUCGCGAUUCUUACAGGUUUUUCAUCUUCGACCCGCACAGGCAGCCCAAACAUCCACGAGGACCCGCGUUCGUUCUAAACGAUAGCAAAGAGACAGCUGCGCGAUAUCUCCAUGAACUUCUCAAAUCUGACGACUCUUCAGAUGGAGAAGUAGAGGAAUUUCAUUCAAAUUCUCAGAUGUUCUCGGCACACAUAUUAAGGAUGGAAACUUCAGAGAGAUGGCGCCUGGCCACUCCUAUCGAUUUGCCCUUGUCUGGUGAUUCUUUGGAGGCCUCCAACGCCUCCUCUUCUUCUUUUCUGGGCGACGACUUAGCUUUUGUCAUGGUGCCUGAUGACCCACCACCACCAUACGACAGCCUGUCUCCCAUUGAUGAUACCCUUGCCGCUGAUUUGGUCUCUGCUGAUAUAUCACCAUUGAUCCCAUCUAAUGAUAUCCCAUUGGAUGAUUUGCAGUCUAACGAUCUGUCAUCCAACGAUUUGCAGCCAAGCGAUUCAUUUUCUGACGAUUUAACAUCCAACGAUUUGCCAUCGAAUGGUUUAUCAUCCGGAAACUUAUCUACUAACGGUUCACUAUCCGACGAGCUUACUAGCAGCUCUUCAACGCCUGUUGUAACUUCCGAAGUCUCAUCGAUUCCCACUCCCCGAAAACGGCGUGAAUACCACUGGCAACUAGGUUUGCAGAUGGCGUCUCCAAUAUCUCCUUCCUCCCCUUCAGCAUUAGAAGGCCCUCGGGAGACACAGUUGGAGGGCCGACCUACUGAUCAACCCUCGUUUGGACAAGAACUGAAUAACACAGAUACAGAUACCUCUACACCACUUUUGAUACGCAAGUCUGCCAUUGGCUGGCAGUUAGCGUUGCAGAAAACUGCCCUUGAAGACGCUCCGGCAGUAGAGAGGGAAGGAGAAGGCGAGACGACGGCCACAGGAGGUGAUAAUGAAUGGGUACAACUUGAGAUGCAUGACAACCGUGAUUCAGUAACGGCAGGGCCUUCGAGACAAUUCGAUCGCAACUCCACGGAUGAUGGUUUCAGCUGGAAGGUAGCGCUGGCCGCCAAAUCAAUCACUGUUCCCCAUAGUGGAAGUCGUGCAAAUGAUACUUCACGCUCGAAUGUCCAAAAUAGUGCCGAGGAAGCCACAAAUCUGGAGAAUGCAAGGGCCGAAAAUGAAACCUCGCUGGAAGCAUCUUCUUCCCUGUUGAACACUACGAAACCGAGGAGCUUGGGGCGUCGCACUCGCGAUGAUUUUUCGUGGAAGCUAGCUUUGGCGGCGCAAUCCCUGACUACCCCCCCACCCCAGAGUACAGUAACUCGUGAUCCGGUGACGACGACACGAACUAGGCGUGCCGAGCGUCAGUGGCGUCCGACUCAAGAAAUUCAAAACCACGUAUUAAUAGGAACGCCUCACCGAUCUUCAACCCAUGGCAAGAGACGGGACACGACGAAUCGAAGAGCGUCGAGGUCUUCUUCUUUACGUGGACCAGUUGUUUUGGUAGGCACUGAAGUCAACGCUGUGAUAGCGUUCGAUUGUGGCAUUGCCUUCGGGGACAUGUUGAAUCUAAGCUUGGCGAGGGCCGUUAUCCGAUUCUAUGCCCUCUUUGUACGACGGACAAAGCCAGAUCAAAUCCAGGGACAACUUUUGGAGAAACUAGGACUGUCAGAAGAGAUUGUUGACAAAUUUGUUGAGCUUCAACUAGCAGGGCUUUCUUUCCAGCUGAGCUGCCCUAACUGCGAAAACACGAUGUUUGUGGCUCGUGAAGAUUAUCUCGAGCAAGAUGUGGUCAUCUGCCCUCUACCAUACUGCGGCCAUAAGUUUUGCAAAGCCUGUCUGAUAACAGUUGCUGGUGAUACCAACGAACACAUCUGUACCGCAAAUGACAACGGGUUGAUUCGCCUCAUGCAAGAAAAUGGGUGGCGGCAAUGUCCAGGAUGCAGGACUGCGAUUCAGAAAGAAUCUGGAUGUAAUCAUAUGCAUUGCACAUCUCCAGGAUGUAACGUACACUUUUGUUACAAGUGUGGGCUAAUGAUUGGGACUGCCGAUGGACUAAAUGUCGGGGCUGCGCUAACAGCUCAUUAUC